AUGGCCACGACGCUGCGCGAGCGCGCCAAUUUGCUCCUCGAAGGCAUGGGAAUCGAGAAAACAGCGACAAUACUGACCGAUGUCAAGGCCAUAGCAUCCAAACUCGGCGUCGACUACACGGCGCUCGGUCCGACGCUCGCGGCGUGCGAGGCCAAGCGCGCGCGCGCGCCCGCCUCGACGCCGCCGAAGCGUAAGGCGAAGCGCGCCGCGAUCGACCUGACGCAGAGCGACUCGGAGGACGACGCGAAGCCGAAGCGCGCACGCGUCGAGCCCUGGGAAACGCCCGCCUGGAAGGCGCACAUGGCGGAGGAGAAGAAGCCGCUGGAGCUGCCAAGCAGCAUCUUUGCGAAGGCCAGGAUGAGUCGUCGUCCCAAUUUGUAUUCUCCCGAGCGGCUCGAGAAGAUCAACCGGUUCCGGGCGAGCUUGGACGACGAAGAGGAGUGGCGCAAGAUCCAUGACCCCGUCGGCCACAAGCGCAUGUGGCUCUAUCGCAUCCAUGCCAAGAAAGACUGGACAAAACUUUUUUUGAAAAGCAACCUGGACAAGAAGCAGUUCAUCGAAAGUCAAGUCAAAGAGUUCGCGCGCGAAAGCAACCUCCCGUAUCGCCGACCCAGCUAG